UUUGCAUCAAAACACAACGUGCGCUUCAAAACCAAAACAACGUGUGUCGCGGCGGUACAAUUUUCAGAAUUUUGAUACGUUUUUAUCGAAUUUACGGAAUUUACGCGUUUUUCAACCCUUAAAAUCACAAAAGUAUUUCCAAGAUGAAAAACCUCUACCGAAUCGCUCUUCAGAGCGCCCGUUUCGAUGGAAUUCCGUCGUCUCCGGACCGGCAAAAUCUGAUGGUGGUAGAUUCCAACAACAGCAAUUUGGUGUACAUAGUUGUGGGUUCCGUUUUGUACCGGUUGGACCGAACGAAUCCCCACUGCGUGCAGGAGUUGGUAUCCCUCCCGGGAACGGUGGUGGGUGUGGAACAUCUGGCGCUAAACGACGAAAUUUGUUUGGCCACUGAAGCGGGAGAAGUGCUGGUGGUUAAUUUGGGACGGAUUGGGGAGGAACCCGAAGUGGUAACGUUCUGCGGCGGAGGCAUGAUGGCCAUGGGAUGGAGUCCAGAUCAGGAGGUGGUGGUGUUUGUCGAUUGCAAUUUGAACGUUGUGGCGAUGAACAGCGCAUACGACCCAAUCAACGAGGUGUCCCUGAAGGACGACACUUUCGGUGAUCGAGAGUUCAUGAGCGUUGGAUGGGGUAAGAAGGAAACACAGUUCCACGGAUCGGAGGGGAAGAGUGCAGCGCGGAAAAAGAAAGAAGAGACGGAAGUGGAGAUCGAUUUGAGCAAGAUCGAUCCCCAAGUGCAGAUCAGUUGGAGAGCGGAUGGGGAAUACUUUGCGGUUGGUUUCUUAGGGCCGUUCGGAAGAGCAUUUAAGGUGUUCAACAAGGAAGGUGCACUGCAGUUCACGUCGGAGAAAUGUUACGGCCUGGAAGUGCCGAUGGGGUGGAAGCCAUCGGGUCUGUGGAUCGCAGUUCCUCAGAUAUUGAAGGACAAAUAUGUCGUAGCGUUGUUUGAAAAGAAUGGAUUGAAGCACAGAGAAAUAGAUCUACCUUUUAGUCACGAGGAUGAACUGGUCAAAGGGAUCUACUGGAGUCAUGAUUCGGAAGUGCUGGUUAUCAGAACUCAAAAACUUAGCAGGGGAAAGAACUGCUUGUACUUCUUGAUAAUUUGCAAUUAUCAUUGGUAUAUCAAACAGUAUCAAGAAUUUGAACAGGAUAUAAUCGGAAUUCAGUGGGAUUUAAAGUACUCCGAGAGAAGGACACUUCAUGUUCUGCUAAAGGAUGGUCAUUAUGAAGCAUCUCGAUGGGAUUUCUCCGUGGAUCAUUCAACUGGAUUAGAGCAUACAGACGAAUCACUUGUGGCAGUCAUUGACAGAGCAUCCGUUUUGCUCACAAAUUUCCGAGGGGUCGUUAUACCUCCGCCGAUGUGUGGAUUUUCCGUUAAAGUUGAAGACCUAAUCAAUUCGAUAAGUUUCCUACGUAAUCCCCAAGAUCAAAUGGAUUCAAAUUGCUUUCUGACAGUUGAUUUUCAUAAUAAAGUUAGCUUCUUUAAACCUGACUUCACAGACACCGCAGUUCGACGGCUUACAGGCGUUCAAUUGCUUGGAAAAGCCUUGGACAUUGGCCCCGGCAACUAUUCUCAUUGGCUAUGGUUGUCAAACGAUACUCUGCUCGCCGUUGAAGGAUCCAAUACCUUGAAGGUCUUCAAAGUAGACGUUUGUAAAAGCGAAUUCUGCGUUUUAGAUUCCUUUUCAGUCGGUACCGAAAUCGAUCGAAUUGGUUGCAUAGAACCAAUCAACGAAUCGUCAGCCAUGAUUGAAACUUUCACUGGUCAAUUGUUUAAAUUGGAACUUCAACCUUCCAUUUCGCUGUGUGAACAUCUGCAGUUGCCCGAGUUCUGCGAACAGAUGCGAAUCGAUCACUCAGAUCCGACCAAAUGCAAGAUUUACUCAUUAAGAAAUCGUCAAAACCUUUACGCAGAUGGUAUAAAGAUCGCCUCAGACGUCACCUCUAUGUUCCUUACGGAACACUAUCUCCUGUUCACGACGAUCUCCGAACUGAAAUUUGUAGACCUCAAGAAGAAUGUGAUCGUUGGUGAUCGCCGCAUCGAACGCGGUUCCAAGCUUGUGGUCGUAGUUCCCAAGUCGGCCAGAACCGUUUUCCAGCUUCCCCGAGGUAAUCUGGAAGCAAUUGCACCGAGAAUCCUUUCUCUGUGCUUGGUGGCAGAUCACCUGAACGCUUUGGAGUACCAUGAAGCGUUCGAUAUACUUCGAAAAGAGCGAAUCAAUUUGAAUCUGAUCGUCGAUCACAACCCUCAUCUGUUCCUGUCGAAUCUGGAUCGGUUUCUGGAAGAAAUUACCAACGUCAAUUGGCUGAACUUGUUCAUAAGCGAUCUACAAAAUCAGGACGUCUGUAGCGACAUGUACGAGAGUAAUUAUCUAGGGCGUGAGGUUUCCGCGAUCGAUGGCUACCAGGUCGAUUCCAAAUCAGAGUUCCUUUGCGAUCGAUUGCUGCAGGCAUUCAACUCGGCCAAAACCGGCAUCAAUUACAUGCUUCCGAAGAUUACGUGCUAUGUGAAGAAGGGGAUGUUGGAAAAAGCCCUGGAGGUCAUCUGGGAUCUUAAGAAAAUGCCCUCUAAAGGCGACGAUGCGGACGAAGCUCUCAAGUAUCUGCUGUAUUUGGUGAACGUGAACGAUCUGUUCAAUGUGGCCCUGGGGAUGUACGAUUUUGGAUUGGUACUGUUUGUAGCCACCAAGUCUCAGAAGGAUCCCAAAGAGUACCUUCCGUUUUUGAACGAGUUGAAACGAUUGGAUGAAGACUAUCGUAAGUACAAAAUCGAUUGUCAUUUGAAGCGUUUCGGAAAGGCGAUCGAGAAUAUAUCCCGGUAUCAGGACGAUGAAGGCAAAUUUCAGGAGGCAUUGCAGUUGACGAUCACGCAUGGAUUGUACGGAAAAGCUAUGAUUGCGUACAAAGGUAACGAUAAGUACUAUCGGAAGAUUUGCACCAGCUAUGGAGAUCACUUGAGGCAAGCUAACAAACAGGUGGAAGCAAGUUUGAUCUACGAAAAGGCGGGAGAGUAUCAGCUGGCCAUAGCUGCGGCGAGGAACGCUGCAGACUGGGAGAGGUGUCUGAAGUUGGCUGCUAUAGCUGGGUACGAUCACGACGAAGUCCGUCGUUUGGUGCAGUCGUUGAUACCAGCUCUCCAGGAAAGCGGAGAAUAUGUAGCGGCAUCCCGCUUGGUUAAAGAUUACCUGAAAGAUCAUAGAAUCGCGGUGGAGAUUCUGCUGAAGGACCAUCUGUUCGACAAAGCUCUUCUGGAAGCCCACAUUUCCGAUCGCUCCCUGGUGGACGAUCUUAUUCGGCCAAAUUUGAAGGGAUAUCUUCAAACCUUUUUGCACAAGCUAGCCAGUGAAAAGGAAGAAUUUACGAAGCACAAAAAUCGACUGCUGCUGGUAAGGGAAGAGAAAGCCAAAAAGAAGUUGGAUCCGCAGCACGACGAAGAUGACGACAAUCUGGAGGAUUGCGAUUUGUACUCGGAAGUAUCGACGGUGGCCUCUUCGAGGCACACAACCAGCUCCGGACGAUCAGGAAAAUCGCAUCGCUCCAGCAAGAAUCGCCGAAAGCACGAACGCAAGCUGCUCAGCCUCAAGGAAGGAAACCCAUAUGAAGACAUCGCUCUGGUUGACGCCCUCCACACUCUGGUUACCCGGCUCUGCUCCCCAGAAAGGCAGCGCCAGGUGCGAACCAUCUGUAAGGCGGCCAUCGAGAUGGAUUUCCUCCUGGAAGCUUCCCACAUCCAGAAAGAGUACGGUGAGCUGUUCCACCUGAUCAAGUUUUCGCUGGAUGCCAUCUGGAUACCGGAAAUGGUGGUGCCCGGUAGCGGGCAGGAUGUCGAAACGACGGCUAUGGCCACCGGUAAUCUCGAGCAGGUGCAGAACGUGCAGCACUACGCCAUGAUUAAACCCCACCAGCGAUACAAGCCGGAUUUGCAGAGCGUGCCUUGGAAGUUCGAAGUGCUAGAGUGAUCUGACGCUGUUUGAAUAGUAAUAAUGAAACAAUGUUAUUGAACAUAUAUCUAAGUUGUAAAAUCAUAAUUAUGUACUGGUACAUAUA